CCCCGUUGCCGGGGGACCAUUGUGACAGAGGGCAGGCUCUCUGAGUCACAAUGGGAAGGGCUGGGACGCCCCUGAAUGCAGCCUUGGAAGGAGCAUGUGAGGGUCCUCUGGGAGGCCGGGGACAGAGGGAGUCGAGGGUCAGCCGUGCCACGUGCAUUUUCUAAGGCUCGUCAGCUCCCAUGCCACCCCUCGAGGUGCAGCGGCGCCCGGCGAUGGCCGCGGGGGCCCAGCUGCAGCGCCCGACGGCGGGGCCGGACCUCUUCAAGGCCUCGCACUUCACUCUGGGGUCGGACGCGCGGCUGCAGGCGAGCUGCACGCUCUCCACGGCGCACCGGGACUUCCCGCCCUACGCCGAGGCGGCCCCCGAGCCGCCCAGCGGGCCGCCGCCCCGGGCGACCCUCUUCCAGCAGGACGCGCGCUGGGCCAGCGAGGAGCGCGUGUCCGAGGCGCACGCGGCGUUCGUGCCGCAGCCCACGCAGUCCCGGGAGCUGGAGCAGGCGCGCACGCUCGCCAUGCAGGCCAGCCACCUGCACCUGCACGCCGACCCGCGCGGGCGCGCCCUCCUCUCCACCACGCGCGCCGACUUCCGCUGGCCGCAGCUCCCCGCGCGCCGCAGCCAGGUGCGAGGCCUGGAGGAGGUCCGGCCCCGCCGUCGGGCGCUGCAGCUGGACACCCGCGGCGCGCUCCUCAUCUUCCACCGCGACUCGGUGCCGCCUGGCGACAGAGCCAAGCUGGGCAUUCCGCCGACCACUCACCAGGCGCUCUUCCCGCCCCACGACGCGUGCCCGCAGCCCCGCGCGUCCUGCCGCCACCUCGGGGGCCCCUCCCCCCUCAGGUGGGAUCACGGGAGAUGGGACCACAGGAGAUGUGACGACAGGACCUCCUACCAGAGACAGUUCCAGGCCCCGAGGGGCCCACCUGCCUUGAUGUGUAAGAGGGACUCCUCCAGUGUGGCACUGGGAGACGUCAAGAUUGGCUAUGGGCACAUGUCUUCCGAGCAGAAACAAGCCUACAGGCCCAAGGAUCUGCCCCCAGACAGGUAUGACAAGGCCCAGGCCUCAGCCUGCAUCCACUCUGCGAGCACUGGUCCUGGAGACGGCCUCUUCCAUGACAGGACCACCAGUGCUGAGCACUUCUAUGCCCGGGAGCCAGAGCCUUUUGUUCAUCACAGUGACCAGACUCCGGAGUCACACAUCCUGGAAGGGAAUUGGCGCCCUGGUCCAGGCAGCCUCACCACCUCCAUGAACUUCUUCUAUGGCCAGCCGCCACCGGUGACCAAGCCAAACGGCCGCCACAUACCUCAUGAGAAGCUGCAGGAUCACGUGAUCCUAGGGGAGUCCAAGUUGCUGGGACAGUUCUUCCAGACCACCAUGGGCACGGACUAUUACCCCACCGGCACAAAACCGCCCGAGAAAGCACCCAACCUGCACUUGCUGCCGAGCAACCUGCCGGAGGGCUUGGGCAAACCAGAUUUAUUAACCACGAACCAGAAGAUGCUGAAACCACACCGAACAGCUCCGGCCUCCGUGACCCAGGAGAUGCUACAGCGGUGCAAGUACAGCCACGUGGAGCCCCCGCUGGGUAGACGGCGCUUCUUCUUAUCCCAACACAAGGACCAGUUUGCCUUCAAGUACCAGGGCCCCGCCAUGCUGACAUCGCGCAACUUCCAGGAGAGCCACCUGCCACUGGGCUCCUCUGACCUGGGGGCCUGCUGGGGUGGGAAGGGUGACCCUCAGGCCCCCCAGGUCCCUACCUACCCAUGCCCUAGCCAGCAAUAAACACCACCCUGGCACACCCAA